ACUUCAUAGUCAAAUAAAUAAUUGUAUUUUUGUGAUUGUUAAAAUUCUCAAUUGAAUAAAAUAAAUAAAUAGUAAUACAUAUUAUUAUAAAUUACUUUGGAAAAGAAAUGAUCUAAUAUCUAUUAGAUUUUCAAGAGGCAUUUAUUACAUGUAAAUGUAAAGUGUUGAAUGUUUUAUCUUCUUAAUUCGUUGAAUAAACGAAUAUGGCAGUUCCAUCAUCAUCUUUGUCGAGAAAUAAAAAACAUUUUCUCGGUGUUCCUGCACCUUUAGGAUAUGUCGCCGGUGUUGGAAGAGGAGCUACUGGAUUCACCACUCGUUCGGAUAUUGGACCAGCUCGUGAUGCAAAUGAUGUUUCAGAUGACAGACAUGCACCGCCGACUAAACGGGCGAAAAAGAAGGAAGAAGAAGAGGAGGACGAGGAAGAUUUAAACGAUUCUAAUUAUGACGAAUUUUCCGGUUACGGUGGUUCCUUAUUUAGCAAGGAUCCAUACGAUAAGGACGAUGAGGAAGCCGAUGCAAUAUAUGAAGCAAUCGAUAAAAGAAUGGACGAGAAACGUAAAGAAUAUCGUGAGAAACGUUUAAGAGAAGAAUUGGAACGUUAUCGUCAGGAGAGACCGAAAAUACAACAGCAAUUUUCUGAUUUAAAACGUGAUCUUGUCAGUGUAUCGGAGGAUGAAUGGAAAAAUAUUCCCGAAGUUGGUGACGCGAGAAAUCGUAAACAACGAAAUCCACGUGCGGAGAAAUUUACACCAUUACCAGAUUCUGUUUUAGCGAGAAAUUUAGGCGGUGAAACAACGUCGAGCAUUGAUCCAACGAGUGGUUUGGCAUCAAUGAUGCCCGGUGUCACGACACCCGGUAUGUUAACACCAACUGGUGAUCUUGAUUUACGAAAAAUUGGUCAAGCGAGAAAUACACUUAUGGACGUGAAAUUGAGUCAAGUCUCGGAUUCAGUCGCCGGACAAACUGUUGUCGAUCCAAAGGGGUAUCUCACCGAUUUACAGAGUAUGAUUCCGACAUAUGGAGGAGAUAUCAAUGACAUAAAGAAGGCGAGACUUCUUUUGAAAUCGGUUCGCGAGACAAAUCCGAAUCAUCCACCGGCUUGGAUUGCUUCUGCUCGUUUAGAAGAGGUCACAGGUAAAGUUCAAGCAGCGCGCAAUUUAAUAAUGAAAGGCUGUGAAGUGAAUCCAACAUCGGAAGAUUUAUGGCUUGAGGCGGCGCGCUUACAACCGGCGGACACGGCAAAAGCGGUGAUUGCCCAGUCGGUUCGUCAUAUACCAACGUCAGUGAGAAUAUGGAUAAAGGCCGCUGACCUGGAGACGGAAACAAAGGCGAAACGACGUGUUUAUCGAAAAGCACUUGAGCACAUUCCAAAUUCCGUGCGAUUAUGGAAGGCGGCUGUGGAAUUAGAGGAGCCGGAGGAUGCGAGAAUUUUAUUGAGUCGAGCGGUUGAAUGUUGCUCGACAAGUGUUGAUCUAUGGCUCGCGUUGGCUCGUUUAGAGACUUAUGAUAAUGCACGUAAAGUGUUGAAUAAAGCGCGAGAGAAUAUUCCGACUGAUCGGCAAAUUUGGACGACUGCCGCUAAACUCGAGGAGGCGAAUGGCAAUAAGCACAUGGUUGAGAAAAUCAUUGAGCGCGCUAUUUCUUCUCUAAGUGCAAAUGGAGUGGAAAUUAAUAGGGAGCAUUGGUUUAAAGAGGCUAUGGAGGCGGAAAAAGCCGGUGCGGUUCAUUGUUGUCAGGUGAUUAUCAAGUCUGUGAUUGGCGGUGGAGUCGAGGAAGAGGAUCGAAAGCAUACCUGGAUGGAGGAUGCAGAGACGUGCGCUCAACAAGGAGCGUUAGAAUGCGCUCGAGCUGUUUAUGCAUUUGCCUUGAGCACUUUCCCAAGUAAAAAGUCCAUUUGGAUGAGAGCUGCCUUUUUUGAGAAGACCUACGGUACAAGAGAAUCUCUCGAAGCUCUAUUGCAACGAGCCGUUGCUCAUUGUCCAAAAAGCGAAGUUCUUUGGCUUAUGGGCGCAAAAUCAAAGUGGUUGGCUGGCGAUGUUCCGGCAGCAAGAGGUAUUCUUUCACUGGCUUUCCAGGCAAAUCCAAAUUCAGAAGAGAUUUGGUUGGCUGCGGUGAAAUUGGAAUCAGAAAAUUCAGAAUACGAGAGAGCAAGACGUUUAUUGGCGAAGGCACGCGCCUCCGCUCCAACGCCACGUGUUAUGAUGAAAAGUGCAAAACUCGAAUGGGCGCUAAAUAAUUUGGAUACUGCUCUGAAAUUAUUGAAAGAAGCCCUCGAAAUGUUUGAUGAUUUCCCUAAAUUGUGGUUAAUGAAAGGACAAAUUGAGGAACAACAAAAUAUGAAUGAACAAGCUCUUACCACUUACAAUCAGGGGAUAAAGAAGUGUCCGAAUUCGAUUCCAUUGUGGCGGCUUUUGACGCAUUUAGAAUGCCACUCGGGACGUGUAACGAAAGCGCGUUCUGUUUUGGAAAAAGCGCGUCUGAGAAAUCCAAAGAACGAUGAAUUAUGGCUUGAGGCGGUUAGAAUUGAAAAUCAAAAUUCAGCAACGCAAAAUAUGGCUCAUACAUUGAUGGCAAAGGCAUUGCAGGAAUGUCCGAAUUCGGGAUUAUUGUGGGCAGAAGCUAUUUUUAUGGAACCAAGGCCACAACGAAAAAUGAAGAGUGUCGAUGCUUUAAAAAAAUGCGAACACGAUGCACAUGUUCUUCUCACUGUCUCCAAAUUAUUUUGGAGCGAGAGUAAAGUUUCAAAGUGUCGAGAUUGGUUUAAUCGAACAGUAAAAUUGAGACCUGUAUUAGGCGAUGCCUGGGCGUAUUUUUAUAAAUUUGAAAAACUUCAUGGAACUGAUGAACAACAGGAGGAUGUGAAGAAACGUUGCAUUGCCUCCGAACCAAAGUAUGGAGAAAAUUGGUGUAAAGUUUCGAAAAAUAUCAACAAUUGGUGUUUCAAUACGGAACAAAUUUUAAUUCUCGUCGCUAAGGAGCUUCCAAUUCCUAUAUGAAUUCAAAUUUUUUUGGUUUAUUUAGAAUUGUACAUUUGAAACUAAUUUCAUUAGAGAAAGACAAUAUUUGAAAAGAGAAAAUUGUUUAGAAAAACUUUUUAAGAAAAUAACCCUGCGCAGAAGGUUGUUAUGAAAACUAUAUUAGUUCCUUCACCUCUGACUUUGAGAUUAGGUUAGGUAGAAAUAUUUUC